AUGGACUUCUACGGUACGGCAGUGACGGCCAUCACCCAAGUCUACCAAGUAACCAUCUUCAUUAAAGGCGUCAUCUCCGACAUCAAAGCCUUUGACGACGACCGGGCCGAGAUCCAGCUGAAGCUAAAUCUCCAACUCACGACCUUGCUCUUCUUCAAGCGCAUCUCCUUUCAUCCCGAGCAUGGCCUCCUACUGCCGGGAAAGCUGGACCCUUUCAUCGCCGACACCGUGGAAGGGCUCCUGGUGCAGAUGCGGAAGACCCUCGCCGAGUACGAGCUCGUAGCGGCAAAGUAUGGACUCAUCGAUGAGGAACUUGCCAUCGAGCCCGAUAAGCCCGCCAAGACGCAGGAGUCGCUGCUGGAGCGCGCAAAGAGCAAGGCCCGAUCGCUCAAACUCAAGGGCUACGACUGGUCCUUGUUCGACAAGAAGAGGCUGAACCGCAUCCUGGACACUUAUACGAAGUGGUCCGAGGACCUGCGCAAUCUCAUGCUGCACAUGUCGCAGGAUACGCUGGCCAGGAUGGCAGAAAGCGACCACCAGGGAUUGCGGAGCAGUGGUCUGGAGCCGGUGAUGAAGCGCCGCACGCUGGCGGCGGCCAAGGCACCGGCCGACUAUCAGAGUUUAGCUGGGACACUUGCAGAAGAAGGCAAGACAAUGGGCGGUUUCCGACUGGGGAAGUGGACGGCGUCGGAAUCAGAGGCAAUGACGGUGAUUGUCGAGUACCACGAGUACGAGAGCAAGCUUAAACGCGACGACCUCGAACCGGACGAGAUCGAAGAACUCAAAGACCCGAUCCGCAAUCUCGCCUGGCUCCUACAGAACACCACCUUCAGCGGCACCUCAUCCGACUCACUUGACCAACCAAAGAUCUACGCCCUCGAAUGCCUCGGCUUCAUCGACCAACCCACCGAAGAGCGCACCGUCUUUCUUUACAAACUUCCCCCCUCCGAACCCACCACAGACACAACCCUCACAACCCUCCACGCCUUCAUCAACGCCGUCGACAGCCAAACCAAACGCCCACUGAAGAAGCCCUCCCUCAACGACCGCUUCAGCAUGGCACACAGCCUCGCACUGACCGUCUCCAACGUCCACGCCUCAGCCUGGCUCCACAAAAACAUCUGGAGCAGAGGCAUCCUCCUCUUCCUCGAGACACCCAGCGGAACCAGCGCCUCAGGCCUCUACGCGCAUCGCCUUACCCCUUCUCCAAAGGACAAUACCAAAAUCGUCUCCUAUCUAAGCGACUGGGGCUACGCGCGCUCCGUCCAGCAAGGCACAGAAAUGCGCUCCGACUUCGAGGUCGAGCCGAAUCUCUACCGACACCCGGACCGGCAGGGGCGGCCGUCGCACCAGUUUAACCGCGAGCAUGAUAUCUAUGCGCUUGGGGUGGUACUGCUUGAGAUCGGGCUGUGGGUGACGAUGUCGCGGCUGAUGGAGGCGAAGAUCCGGGAGGCGGAGAACAGCGGGCGGCUGCCGAGGUCGAAGAAGGUGCUGGAGGAUUUAGUUGCGCUGGCGCAGCAGGGGUUGCCGAAGGAGAUGGGGGUGGGGUAUACGAGGGCUGUGUUGGCAUGUCUUAAGGGAGAGUUUAGGGGGAGAGAGGGGCCUGCGUUGGCGGUGGAUUUUCAGGAGAAGGUUGUGGAUGUUCUUGCGGGGGGGAUCGAAAUGUAG